UCUCUCUCUCUCUCCCUCCUUCAGAAACACACCAGGAACAACAUGGAGUUUGGAGACGGCAUCGCAUCGUCGCGCGCGCGUCUGCAGCGGCUCAAGGUCCGCGGUCUGGGUCUGGUCGGCGGGCCAGCCCGAGUCCCUCUCGGUGAUGCCACCAACGGCUCAGGCGAGCUGGCGGCGUCGGGUGCGUAUCAGAAGUCUGCAGCAGUCAUUGCCAAGGCGCGUGCGGUGCUUCAGGAGCGGAACGCUUCGAUGGCGGCGGCAGCAACUGUGGCUGUGGUGGGCGAGAUCGAGAAUCAGAAGGAGGCUGAGGUCGAGGCUGAGGCUGAGGUCGCAGCCGAGUUGGAGGCUGAGGUCGAGGUCGAGGCAAAGAUUGAGGUCGAGGCUGAGGUUGAGACUGAGGUCGAGGCCGAGUUUGCUAUGGCUGAUGCCAUGGCGGAAGUGUUUGAGGAGAUUGUGACGGCCGAGAAGGAGACGCCCAAGUUUGAGAUGGGCGCCCAGAUGGCCAAAGUGCUUGACGAGGUGGUUGCCAACAAGGAGGAUGAGGAGCAGGAGCAGGAGGUCAAGGUCGAGCCGGUGGCGCCGCCGCGGCGAAUGACGCGGGUGGAGAAGGCGCGGUUGGAGGCGCUGGCAGCGUUUGGAGGCUCAUCAUCGCUCGACGAUGUGUUUGCCAAGGCUGAGGCACCUGCCAAGGUUGUGGAGGAGGAGCAGCAGGCUGCACCGAAGCGAAUGACACGGACUGGCGUCAAGGCGCUCCUCCACACCGCGGACGUGCUCGCUAUCGCUAACUUUACCUACUAUCCGUACGGUAACGCGCGCGGCUACGAGCCCAACGUCGAGUGCCAGCACGGGCCGAACGAGUGCCUGGGCAACAAGAUCGAGGCUUGCCUCAUGCACCUCAACCCCAAGCCGACAACCUGGGUCCAGGCGCUGGUUUGCAUGGAGUCCGGUACACCGUACGCCAACUGGAAGAAGUGCGCGUCGGAGAACUCGCCGGCCAUCGAGACGGCGCCUAUCGAGUCGUGCAUCGAGGGCUCGCUCGGCAACCAGCUGAUCAACGACGCGGCCCGCGCCACCAACUCGCUCAACCCGCCGCAUCAGUACACCCCGUGGAUUACCAUCAACGGCAAGCCCAAGCAGGGCUCGCUCAUCCGCGAGAUCUGCGACGCGUACACGGGCACCAAGCCGUCCGGCUGCUCGUCGCCGUCGUCGUCGUCCGGAUCCUCGGGCUCGUCGUCAGGCUCGUCGUCUUCGGCCGCUGCCGCUGACUACAACCUUCCGCGCGACCUUUGCUUCCGCGAUUAG